AUGCUGGGACUGGCGGCGUUGGCCUUCGUCCUCGGGAGCUGGCGUGGCCCAGUGGCCGAGAUCGAGCCGCUGAUCACCACGGCCCUGUACCUUUUCGGCGCCUUGAUGGCCACCUUGAGCCUGAGGAGGUCGCACAUCACGAGACUGCUGGGACCUUCCGAGCAUGUUCUCGAUGAGUAUGCAGCAGACUGCGACUUUCUGGAUGACUGGACGAAGCUGUCGCAAGCGCGGCUUUGGCAGAUAGGCAGCUUCUUCGUGCUGAUGCUGGGUAGCCGCUCAGCGGCGCUGUUCCUCACGAGCGACCCGGGCUAUGGGAAGCUGGUGCGCGACCCACUUGUGGAUGGAGCCACCAUGGUAGCCUUCACGGUCAUGGCGGCAUGCUACUCGACCACAUGCUUCUGUACCCUGCACCUCACGGCCGGGCUCGAGCUGGCCGUGGACAGCUUCGCCGUGCUUCCAGAACGGGAGCCCCAAGGAGGCGGUCCUGGAUUGGAACGUGGUGCAGGCGACCCUGCGACAGACGUCGGGGAAGCUGAGCGACUUCCUCGUGGUCUUGGCUACCUCCUGCAUCGCGGCCUCGAUCCUCUUCGCCUAUCAGGUGGUCUCCCUGAACCUUUCUGCCUCCGGCUUCGCUUUUCUGGACAUCCUCCUCUGGACCGGGUGGCUCUACCCACCGGUGCUCCUCUUCCUUUACACGCUCUCCAGUGCGGCUGCCGUCACCGGCAAGGUGGAUCGACUAGCGCCCUUGGUGAACUCAUGGGCCUUCGACGACACGGAGGUGCUGGACGACGCGCGGCGGUACGUUGUCCAGUACAUCCUGGACAGCCAGGCAGGAUUCUACACCAGAGGGGUGCGGGUGACGGCCUUCAGUGUCCAGAAGAUCUGCUACUACUUCGCUGCUGGGUCCUUCACGCUUUUGGCCAACCUCUGGCAGUAA